AUGCAUACUUAUAAAUCUGUAAAUACAAAACCUAUACCUUUAAAUAUUAUGGAUGUUCGAGACGAAGCAUUUUAUGAUUUUAUUCGACAAUUUUCUGGGAAAAAAGUUGCAGAAUUGCUUUCUUUUCAAGAAUGCAAUGGAGUUGACUCAUUUCUUGGAUGCGAAGAUGUUACUGCUGUUCUUCAAUUGAAAUCUGAUCAAUUCAAUGAACUGAAGAAAAACACAUGUAUUACAUUAAGUGAUGGAUUCGUCGUUCUUUUACCAGAUCCUGAAUCAUUAAUCAUUAAUCUUAAAAAAGUUCUUAAAAAGAAACGAGAAGAAAUCAAUAAACAAGCUGAACGACUUCAUGCUAUUAAUUCUUCAAUUUCAUUAGCUACAAGCUUGACGUUGAUCAUUCCAACACAAAAUGCUUCAUCAAUAUUUCAUCCUUCAACUCAUACAUUUCCUUCUUCACAUGCAUCUACACUUCCUGAUUCAUUGAAUAUUUCAUCAUCUAAUUCUCGAACUACAUUUAAUCCUCUUACGGAUGAAAUAACAAAUAGAAUUACACGAACUAUUAUUGAUUGGCUUGAUAAGAAUAAACAUGAAUUAAACUUAGUAAAUACUAAUUUAAAGGAAGGUGUUGAUUUUCGAUUAGAAUUAAACAAGCGACAAGAUGGAAUUAUGAUGAUUUGUAAAUGUGGUACAAAAAAUUCUAUCGGACAAAAACAAGGAAUACUUGUGUUAUCUUAUUUAAAUUCUAUUAAAAGUCGAAACAACAGCAAUAAUACAAAUAACGAUUUUCUAUUUCCACGUCAUCACAAACUAUCAAAAACAAUUGAUUCUAAACAAAUAUCGUCUUUAUCAUCUUCUACUGUAUCACUUUCAUUUGAAGCGAUCGAGAAUACUAUUUCACGUGCAUAUUCCGAUGUAUGUAGUCUAGUAGUUGGUAUGAAUAUCUAUCAACAAGAUCAACUUUUACCACUAGAAAAGAUGUCUAGAUUAGCUAAUCUUCAACUUAUGAAAUCACGAAUAGUCGAUUACUCUUGUCCUGAUAAAUAUGAUUCGGAUUUUGAUUCAGAUUCAGACGAUAGCAGUUCCGAAGGAGAUGAAGAAAUCACCGGAAUUGAUGCUGAUGAUGAAGACUCAUUCGACGAUGACGACGGCCUGUCUGAUAAUCUCGUCAACAUUAGCGCUUCGACGUUCCACGGAAUGCGAGUUUUCGAUUGGAUUAAUCCGAUCUUAGCUAAAUCGUACUUUGUUAUUAAUAUCAAUGGUACAAAAAAAUGUUUACAUAAACAAACGGCUGCUUGGCUUCUUUCAAAGGAUAAGUCUACUUUGUCUUCUGACCAUUUAAAACGUGUUAUGACUAAUAAUAAAUAA